CUGAAACAUCGCGAUACUUCAUUCUUUCAUCACGGCAGCAGCUUAGCUUAGCCAUCAACUCCGCAUGAAGAGAAACUAAGAGAGCCUCAAGAGUUUCUACUCCUUGUUCCAGCAGAGAGAAGAGGAGUCCCCCUUCCCUUUUGCACAAACUGACAUUCCCCCGUCCUCUAAAAACCAAACACCUUUUUGCCGCCGGCGUCGCUCUUGAUCUCGACUGCGCUUUGUGGCGUCAUGUCUCAGAACUCGCAGUCGGACGGCAGUCAGAAACACUUUGCGGCAGGGCGGGGGCUGCUGGCUGCCGCCGAGACCUUGAACUACAGUAUGAGCGAGCAGCGAUCCAAUCGGCAGAUGGGGGGGCUGUCCUCAGGGGUGGGAGGUGGUGGCAUCAUGGAGAACCAGGAGGGCGGCGGCUCCCAGAUGUUGCGUCGCGGCGGCCAUUUCGGCAACACGGUGAAGCUGUUCGCCAGUCUGGGUCUGUCCCCCUCCGACAUGGACGCUCUGGCUGAGAUCCCCGAGGAGGACAUCAGUGUGGAGACCCUCCCCCGCAUCCUCAUGCAGCUCAAGAGCCGCAAAGGGGACUGCGGAGAGCGGCGGGCGGCCAUGACUUCAGACGCCGGUUACCGAGGAGGCGGCUGGGAGGGGAGGAUGGGUUCUUCUUCUGUGGGUUCUUCACGGCCCUCUGCAGACUUUGGGUUCGGCUCACUGCAGGACUCCAGCCAGGGCUUUGGGUUGAACUUCAGCGGCGGAAGAGAAAGGCCGUUCUCAGAUCUUUCCGACCGAGGUUCCUACAGUGGCUUGACCCCGUCGGACCCCGCCUUCCUGCAGCAGAGGAUGGGCCCGCCGUCAAACGGGAAGAUCCAAGACUUCUUGGGAUCCAUGCCCAACAUGUUCCCCCAAGUGUGCUCUCUUUGUGACUUUGACGUUCACUCUGCCAUGGAGUGGAGCCAGCACACUAACGGACUUCGACAUGAUGAAAACCGCCGGCAGCUGCUCAACAUGUAUCCAGACUGGGACCCUGGUAUGUCCUCAGGCAGAAGUGAUGGGGGUCUCCUGUGCGGCCCCAACAUGUCCGAAGGGCUGCUGGGAGCUGCACCCAUGUCCUCGUCACAGACAGCGGGGGAGAUGUCCUCCAGCUGGGCAGGAGGAGGAGGAGGUACCGCUCUGUCAGGAAAGAACCCGCUGCCGCAGAAUAAGCUGAGGAGCAGGGUGGUGGUGGUGAAGUACGACAGGAAGCCGCUCAGCAACAAUACUCUGUUUGCCUUCACCAAGCCCUUCGGACGCCUGAGGGAACACCUGGUGCUCAACAACAAGGCCUUCUUGGAGAUGGACAGCCACGAGGAGGCACUGGACAUGGUGAACUACUACCAGCAGCACCAUGCCAACCUCUACGGGAAACCCAUCACCUUCUACCUGUCCCGCAGGCUGCUGGUCAUCGAGAAAAACAACCGAGGUUCAGACAGGUCCAUGGACCGCUCGAUGGACCGCUCGAUGGACCGCUCGAUGGACCGCUCGAUGGACCGCUCGAUGGACCGCUCGAUGGACCGCCCGAUGGACCGCCCGAUGGACCGCCCGAUGGACCGCCCGAUGGACCGGCCUGUGAGGCAGGUCAAAGGUCACGACAGUCAGGUGGUCUUCUUCUCCAACAUGCCCAGAGACGAGGAGGAUAAGAAGGAGCUGCUGGUCGUCGCGGCACGGUUCGGAGUGGUGGAGAAACACCUGUUCCUCACCGACCAGGCGUUUGUGCAGCUGGGGACUCCGGAGGACGCGGAGAUGCUGGUGAAAUAUUACAACGUUCACGCUCUCACCAUCAAGGGCCGACCGAUCCGCCUGAACAUCUGCACCAAGUACAAGACCCUCAAUGUGAACAAGAAACUGGGAGGAGGCGCUCGAGGCCCGAGGACAGGGGGACCAAACGCCUCCUCCUCCAGAGCUUCCUCAAACCCACCCAGAACCUCCUCCUCCUCCAGGUCCAGCUCCAGUUCGAGGAGCCGGGAGGAGAGGAGGAGGGGGGAGGGAAGGAAGGCUGAGGAGGAGCAGCGGAUGGCAGGGGAAGAGGGGGAGGCGGUUUCAGGAGUCAUGGAGGGGGAGGAGGAAGAGGAGAAGGAGAAUGGAGCUGUGGAUAAGCAGGAGGGAGAGGCAACAGUGAUGGGAACUAUGAAGGAGGAGGUCCAACAGGAGGAGGUCCAGCAGGAGGAGGAGGAGGUCCAACAGGAGGAGGUCCAGCAGGAGGAGGUCCAACAGGAGGUUCCUGAUGGUGGUGAUGUCACCGAUGAUGACACAUCCGUCAAGGUGGGCGGAGCUACAUGUGACAUCAAACAGGAGGCGGAGUCAGAGGCGGCGCCAGAACCUGAAGUCUCUGCUGAAGACCCGAACACCGAACCAGCCGAAAGCUCGGAGAACCCGGAGGGAGAACCGCCCGCAGACAGCUUGGAGGAGGACUUCCUGGAGAACAUGGACGACUUUGUGACGUUGGACGAGCUGCAGGAGGAGGAAGAGGAGGAAGAAGAGGAAGAGGAGGAGGACAACAUCGACAACACCAGGAAAGGGGGGAUGAGGGUUGUGAACAUCGUGGGCUUCAGACGAGGAUAUAAAUUCAUGAACGAUCUGCUGGCCCUCGCCCAGCCAUUCGGGAAGGUGGUGAAACACCUGGUGCUGGACCUCCGACCCGAGGCGUACCUUCAGUUUGCCACAGAGGAGGAGGCUCGGGCGAUGGCCUCGUUCUACAGCUGCAACGUGCUGGCAUCGGUCUGCGGCCGGCCAGUGAGGAUCAGCCAUUCCACCAGCUACCCCACCAUCCAGUGUGGAUCCAGUAAGGUGGUGUACCUCGGUCAGAUCCCAAACAGCAAAUACUCAGACGGUGACAUCCUGAAACUGGCCGAGCCGUACGGAAGGGUCCGGAAGUAUUUCCUCAACCGGCUCAAGAGAGAGUGCUUCGUGGAGAUGGAGAAGGCGGAGGAAGCGGAAAGAAUGGCCGAAGACUGCAAAGAGAAUCCUCCGAAGUUCAACGGGAAGCGACUCACCGUCUACGUCAGCAGGAAGUACCGGCAGCUCAAACACGGACAUCAGUGUCCCAACCGAGGCAAGAGGGAGUGCAGCGGCUCCUCCCCUAAACCCUCCAGAAGUCCUGAAGAACCUGCAGGCAAAAGAUCUAAAGAGGCGGAACAGGAGGAACUGAUGGAAGAGCAAGAGGAGAAACAGGAGGAGAAACAGGAGGAGAAACAGGAGGAGAAACAGGAGGAGAAACAGGAGGAGAAACGGAGGGAGGAAGAGGAGAAGAAAGAGGAGAAGAGCUGUGAAGACGAGACGAAAGAAGAAACCCCGGCGGAAAAAACCCCUGAGGUUUCUGAUCCGGACCCGGAGAGCUGCCAGGAGCAGGAGGUGCAGCAGGUGCAGCAGGUGACGGACACAUCGACCAAAGCCCCGCCCCCGGCUGAAGUCGGACCAAUCACAGCGACCCUGCCGCUGCCCCCCCACGACCCCGACACCCCCAUCGGCGUGGAGCACGUGAAGAUGGGUUACUACUGUCGCGUCUGCUUCCUGUUUUACUCCAACGAGGAGACGGCCAAGAAGACGCACUGCAGCAGCCGAGCGCACUACGACAAGCUGCAGAAACAUCUGGAGAAGGAGCAGAGCAAAGCGGAGAAGAAGAAAGGGAAGAAGGCGGCGUCGUAGAAAAAUACAACCUUUACUUUAUAUUUCAGAUUCUGCUCAUAAAUCUGACUCGCAUGUCUGAGCAGUCUGUGUGAUUACGAACAGCUGAUAUUUUAACCGUGUGUUAAUAAAACGUGCUGCUUUUCUUUGUAGUUCAACAUUUUGGGUUAGCUUAGCUUAGUAUAAUGACUGUAAACAUAUGGAAACUGUUAGCAUGGUUUGGGGUGGAGGUAGCUUGAAUCCUGGCUGUAAUUCUCGACAGAAAGUAGUCCCACCGUGUUCAGACUUCACUAACGCCAGUAUUUCAUGCCUCAGUCUCUCUUGGAGCUGUAAUGUUUUUGGAUGUUUUCUUUAAUAAACCAGUCGAACAAAAA